AUGGUCGUAACUUUCAAAUCUGAGACCACUGACCGUACUGAAGCUCCGUCAAACGGCGUGAACGUCUCCGAAACUCUCAACUCCUUGUUCGAUCAAGGUAUGACCGCAGAAGAAGCUAUAGACAAGUUACAUCCCUGGUCAGCAGCUGACCGUGACCCGAACACGUUCACUUUCAAUAUUCCCACGACUGGAGAACCGACCGCUGAACCCACGUCGACGAGUGACAAACCGAGAAACUCGUCUCGCCCAUCCCCUUCGGCAGACAUCAAAUACAAUCCAUAUGGGCCGAACUCUGUUCGAGUGUCGCAAAGGCCAAUAUCCUUAUUCUCAGCAAACGAUCCCGGUCCCGCCCCUCCUAUGGGUCUUCCACCUCUACCGUCGAUGGUUCCUGUGUCUAUGGGUUCCACUGGUGCUUAUACAGUGGUUCCUAUCGCCCAACUAAACUCGGAUCUUUCUCAGGUGUACCUACAGCGUCCUGGUGCUACUCAACUCAAUAUAGGCCGCCCCAACAUGUAUAGCACGACGAACCCCACUGGACCCCCUCCAUAUCCGAUAAUGCAGUCUCACGGAAUGCCAACCAUGCCGAGUACCAAUCCUGCAGCAUCGUUACCCGUCCCAAGUCAAUCCCAUUCGACUCAAUAUCCACAUCGUCACAACCUCUUCUCUCCAGAGCCGGAAUGCCGUGAAGCAGCGGCUCGAUACUUGCGAGAUAAACUGUCAGCGACUGGAAAUUCAAAGGCGUUGGGAGCGUCUAAAGACACGAUCCAACGAUUAAGCGCCCAGAGCAGAGAAGCUAGUGAGGAAGUGGAGAAACAGAGGGCGAGGGCUAGUAAGUGGAAGGUGGAGGCAGAGGACUUGAGUAGUAAAAGAUACGCGCUUGAAGAGCGGAACCAGAGCAUGAAAGAAGAGAUCAUAAGGCUCAGGAGUAGGCCAGGUGGUGAUGACAGUGACGAAGAUUCAUUGGUGGAUGAUUAG